ACAUAUAUGCAUACGUUAGCAGGUAUGACAUGUUGCAUUCUUUUCAGCUUUUCCCCAGACCGGGGUAUUCUUACGCAGAUCCGAGAUCCACCAAUCAAGGGAUGAUCUAUACUCAGGUCAGUCUGGUUCCGAAUGCGAAGUAUAAUAUCCUGCGCACAGGCGUAGGUGUGAUGACGAUGACAUGUAAUGAGACAGAACAUUAGGUCCUGCUCAAAUUGAGAUGAUUAGAAUUUGUCAUUGUGCGUAAUUGUCCGUUGGGAUUGCAUUGGAAUGAUGAGACAAUGCAGGCAAUUACGCACAAUGACACCUUUUCAUCAUCUCAGUUGACGAGAGGUGCUUAUUCCGGCAGAGAGAACUUAGUUGGCGUUAUGUGAUACUAUACGCCGAUACUAUGAUAAAACACAACCUGUUGCUGACCAAAUCUCUCUAACAAUCUUCGAUCGCAAACAUCAUCCAAAUUUUAACAAUGGCAGAAGUUGCGAAACCAGUCUAUACAACGGCCUACAAGCCUCAACCCAGCGACAGGAUGAGGGCGGCCACUUGGACAGGCACAAAGUCCAUUACGCUGACCAGCGUACCUAAACCAACCAUCACCGCGCCCACCGACGCAAUCGUGCACCAUCUGCGGCUCUGAUCUCCACAUGUACAACGGUGAUAUGAACAAUGCCAUGGAGAAGGGCCUGAUCAUGGGUCACGAGGCCAUCGGCAUCGUUGAGGACGUUGGGUCUGACGUCAAGAGUCUCAGUGUAGGAGACAAAGUGAUUAUCCUCCCUGUCAUUGCAUGCUGUGACUGCUUCUACUGCAAGAAGAAGGAAUGCUCGCUCGGUGACAAGACUAACCCCCCCAAGUAG